AGCCGGCCGAAGUCCUGACUGAGUCGAGCCAUGUCCACGGAGCCUGAGCUUAUAGAGCUGCGGGAACUGGCACCCAUACAGCGCGCGGGCCCGAGCCGCGCCCGCCUAGAAAGAACCAAUGCGCUGCGCAUAGCGCCAGGCACCACGCGCAACCCCGCAAAGCAGCUGGCCCCCGGCCGUGGCCACCGCUUCCAGCCUGCCGGGCCCACCACACACACGUGGUGCGACCUCUGCGGCGACUUCAUCUGGGGCGUCGUGCGCAAAGGCCUGCAGUGCGCGCACUGCAAGUUCACCUGCCACUACCGAUGCCGCGCACUCGUCUGUCUGGAUUGCUGCGGACCUCGAGACCUAGGCUGGGAGCCGGCACUGGAGCGGGACACGAACGUGGAUGAGCUUGUGGAGUGGGAGGCACCUGACCUUUCUCAGGCUGAGAUUGAGCAGAAGAUCAAGGAGUAUAAUAGCCAGAUCAAUAGCAACCUCUUUAUGAGCUUGAACAAGGAUGGCUCCUACACAGGCUUCAUCAAGGUUCAGUUGAAGCUGGUGCGCCCUGUCUCAGUACCCUCCAGCAAGAAGCCACCCUCCUUGCAGGAUGCCAGGAGGAGCCCAGGGCGGGGCACUGCUGUGAGACGCCGUACAUCCUUUUAUCUGCCUAAGGAUGCUGUCAAGCACUUGCAUGUGCUGUCACGCACACGGGCACAUGAGGUCAUUGAGGCCCUACUACGAAAGUUCUUGGUGGUGGAUGACCCUCGCAAGUUUGCACUCUUUGAGCGGGCUGAGCGCCAUGGCCAAGUGUACCUCAGGAAGCUGUUGGAUGAUGAACAGCCCCUGCGACUACGGCUGCUCGCAGGGCCCAGUGAGAAGGCCCUAAGCUUUGUCCUAAAGGAGAACGACUCUGGAGAGGUGAAUUGGGAUGCCUUCAGCAUGCCUGAACUUCACAACUUCCUCCGCAUCUUGCAGCGAGAGGAGGAGGAGCACCUUCGCCAGAUUCUGCAGAAAUACUCUUGUUGCCGCCAGAAGAUUCAGGAGGCUCUGCAUGCCUGUCCUCUGGGAUGA